AUGGCUGAAGAUAAUAAAAUUUACAUAAAACUAUUAGGAGCAGGCACAGAAGUAGGAAGAUCAUGUAUCCACUUAAAAUACAGAACGAAGGAAUUAUUGUUAGAUUGUGGAGUCCAUCCAGCUUACAAUGGAAUAUCUUCAUUGCCAUUUCUCGAUUUAAUUGAUCUUGAAAAGAUUGAUGCUUGUUUAAUAACACACUUUCAUCUUGAUCAUGCUGCUGCAUUACCAUUUUUAACUGAAAAGACUAAUUUUAAAGGAAAGGUAUACAUGACUCAUCCAACAAAAACUAUCUUUAAAUGGCUAUUAAAUGAUUUUAUUAGAGUUAUAAACUCAUCAUCAGCAGAAGACUUUUAUUCAGAAACAGAUUUGACUAAUUGUUACAACAAAAUUAUAGCAAUUGACUAUCAUCAGCAAGUGCACAUCAAUGGUAUUAAAUUUACGGCAUUGAAUGCAGGGCAUGUAUUAGGAGCAGCAAUGUUUUUACUUGAAAUAGAAGAGACUAAGUUACUAUACACAGGUGAUUUUUCAAGAGAAGAUGAUAGACAUUUAAAGGCAGCAGAAUCUCCAAACUGUAAAUUAGAUAUUUUAAUUACAGAGUCUACUUAUGGAACCCAGUGUCAUUUACCACGUGCGGAAAGAGAAGCAAGGUUUCUGAAAGUAGUUACUGACGUUGUGUUAAGAGGUGGUAAAUGUCUUUUACCGGUAUUUGCGUUAGGUCGAGCCCAGGAAUUACUAUUAAUUUUAGAAGAACAUUGGAUUGAAAAUAAGAAGUUAAAGAAAAUACCUAUAUAUUAUGCAUCAGCAUUAGCUAACAGAUGUAUGUCUGUUUAUCAAACUUAUAUAAAUAUGAUGAAUGGAAGAUUACAAAAAAUUUCCUUAACAAGAAAUCCAUUUGAAUUUAAAUACAUUCAAUUUAUUAAAGAUCAAAAUAGAUUUAAAGAUGUUGGACCAUGUGUUAUUAUGGCAAGUCCUGGAAUGUUACAAAGUGGAUUUUCACGUGAUCUUUUUGAAAGCUGGUGUACAAAUCCUAAGAACGGGGUAGUUAUUUCUGGUUAUUCAGUUGAAGGUACAUUAGCUAAAGAAAUACUAAAAGAGCCUAACGAGAUACAGUCAUUAAAAGGACAUUUAUUAAAGUUAAACAUGACAGUUGAAUAUAUCUCAUUUUCAGCUCAUGUUGAUUAUACUCAAAACUCAGAAUUUAUAGAUGAGUGUGAACCUAAACACUUGUUUUUAGUUCAUGGUGAAGCCACUGAAAUGUUUCGUUUAAAAGCAACUAUAAGCACUAGAAAUGAAAAACUUGGAAAAGAGAUGGAAGUGUACGCAUUGAAAAACGGAGAUGAAGUUUCUAUCCCAAUUAAGAAAAUUAAUAAAGGUAUAAUUUUAACUAAAAAAAGAAAAUUUACAGCAUUAAUAAUGCAAGGUGAUGACAUUAAUAGAAUAUACGAUGGAGAUGAUAUAGAAAAUAAGAGAGUUGAUUGUGGAUUAGAUGUGAUUAAGUUAGUUCAAAAACAAACUAUUCCAUAUAACAUGACAUGGAAUCUAAUCAUGGAUGUAUUAAUAACAGAAUUUGGUGCAAAUAUAAACGAUGAAGAGGAACUUAAGCUUGGUGGUAUAUCUAUCUCUCACAAUAAAGAUAAUGUAAUACUCAGAUGGGAAGCUAAUUAUUGUGAUGAUGUAUUAGCAUUAGCAAUUAAAAAGUUAGUAGAUGAAUUUGGUUCGGGUAUAAAAACACUCAUGUGGACUCAUGUUAAAGGAUUGAAAGAGAAAGUAGGUUUUUUAAAAAAUUAUUUUGAUGAUGUAGAAAUAAAAGAAACAAAGAUUAUUGUUAAUAAAUCAAUUAUAAUUAAAAAUAAUAAAAUUUAUGGAGAAGAUGGUGAUCUUAAAGAAAGAGUAAUUAGAGUUUAUAAUAGCAUUAAUAAGGUAAAUCAUAAUCAUUAA